UGUGAUCACAGAGCCAUGAAAGUAUGUGAGUCCCUCCCCCAGCACAGACCGAUCCCACCCAGCAUAUGAUCUGGGCCCCAUGUCAGCCGGAGCAGGCAGCACCAGCCUGCCACGGCACUGCUCGCAGCCAGAGCUAUGACCUUAACGAAAGAGAGCUUCCACGGGGCUCUCCUGCCCGCCUCUGGAGUGGCCAAGGCCGACAUGGAUGGCGCCAGGGAGAAGGAGGAGGCUCCGAGGCAGUCAGUGGUGAGGACUGGAGCAGCGGUGCCAAGGAGGCGAGCGGUGGGAAGGCUGGUCAUGCACAGCAUGGCCAUGUUCGGCCGGGAGUUCUGCUAUGCCGUGGAGGCCGCCUUUGUCACGCCGGUGCUGCUCAGUGUAGGGCUGCCCAAGAACCUCUACAGCCUCGUGUGGCUCAUCAGCCCUAUCCUGGGCUUCGUGCUGCAGCCCGUGGUAGGUUCAGCCAGUGAUCACUGCACCUGUAGCUGGGGCAGGAGGCGACCUUACAUUCUGGGUCUGGGCAUCAUAAUGCUGUUAGGCAUGGCUUUGUACCUCAAUGGGGACGUGAUGAUCUCAGCUUUCAUCGAUGAGAGAGACAAGCAGCGGACGUGGGCAAUAGUCAUUACCAUGCUGGGAGUAGUACUUUUUGAUUUUGCAGCUGAUUUUAUUGAUGGUCCAAUCAAAGCAUAUUUAUUUGAUGUCUGCUCUCAUCAGGAUAAAGAGAAGGGUCUGCAUUACCACGCCCUCUUUACAGGUUUGGGAGGAGCCCUGGGUUACCUUACAGGUGCUAUGGAUUGGGGUCAAACUAUACUAGGAUAUACCUUGGCAUCAGAAUUCCAGGUGAUUUUCUUCUUCGCAGCCUUGGUUUUCAUAAUCUGCCUUACCAUACAUCUGUGCAGUAUUCCUGAAGUCCCACUCAGAUAUGAAAACGAAGAGGCAAAGUUCUUGUUGGAAGAGACUGAACCCCAUAGAUACCACUCCAUAGAGGAGGAAAUAAGGAAUGGUCACUUAAAAUCAGCAUGUACCGAAAUAAAGGCUGCAGCCAAGCCAGAGAAAUGUGCGGCUGCGCCACGCACAGAGGAAAAGAGGCGGAUGACCCUUAAAUCCCUCUUGAAGACACUUUUAAGCAUGCCAUCCCACUAUCGCUGUCUGUGUGUGAGCCACCUCUUUGGAUGGAUGGCUUUCCUGUCCAACAUGCUUUUCUUCACAGAUUUCAUGGGACAGGUUGUGUACCAUGGGAAUCCCUAUGCACCUCACAACUCCACACUUUACCUUACCUACAAAGCAGGGGUAGAGAUGGGAUGCUGGGGACUGUGCAUCAAUGCAAUUUCUUCAUCAGUCUAUUCUUACUUGCAGAAAGUCCUUCUGCCAUACAUAGGAUUAAAGGGACUUUAUUUCACUGGAUACCUACUUUUUGGACUGGGUACUGGAUUAAUUGGCUUGUUUCCCAAUGUCUAUUCCACUCUGGCUCUUUGUUCACUCUUUGGAGUCAUGUCUAGCACAUUGUACACAGUGCCAUUCCACCUCAUUGCAGAGUACCACAGGGAAGAAGAGAGCCAGAAGCUGCAGGAAGGGGAACAAGCAGGGGAGCACGGGCGAGGGAAGGGCAUCGACUGUGCUGCCCUGACCUGCAUGGUGCAGCUGGCCCAGAUCAUCCUCGGCGUGGGGCUGGGGCUCCUGGUCAGCGUGGCUGGCAGCGCCGUCACCGUGAUUUCGGCAUCCACGGUGGCCCUGGUCGGCUGCUGCUUCGUGGCUUUCUGCAUUCGCUACGUGGACUAGGGCUGCAAGGAGCCGUCAGAAGGGAUCUCCCCAGGGGAGCAUUUUCUUUCUGGGUCAGUGGCACUGGUGCUGUUGCUGUGCUGACGCUGCUGGCACGUCACCCCCUCUUACCUCCUUGGAUCGGUUGCAAUUCCAGAGCUUUAUGAAAUGGAGACUUGAUAAAACUGGUUGUCUUAUGCCUCAGACACACACACACACACACACAACCCCCCGCAGUGUGUUCACCUGCUGUGACAUGUGAUGGUGUGUGUGGCCACGGCAUCUUGAUGCUCUACACCGAGAGUCAUUGUGAAACUCCUCAUUACCAAUUUGUGAAAGUUAAUGGAUGAAGAAUGUGAUAAAUUGAAGCAAUAUAAAAGGACAGAGUUGGGAAGAAAGUUUUUAUUUAUCUUGUUCUUCAAGUGUCCUAAGUUGAGGGGUGUUCCCUCGGGUAGUCAAAAUCUGCAGGAGAUUCAAACAGGUGUCAGAGGCCACGCAGGGUGCAGUUCUGUUAUGCUUAGUGGUACUGCUAAAUGGGAUCAGUUAAUUACCAUAUACAAUACAUUCAAUUACCACAUACAAUACAUAGACAUGACAAUAUCUGUCAAAAGCAGAUUUGAGUGUGAAAAAUGACUGGAAUAUAAAAAAGAUUGAAGCCUAUUGUUUAAAAGCAUUACUGUAAAGUAAUUAUUUUGUACUGGAUCCUACUGCUUCUGUAUGAACAAAGUGAAAGUACUGGCUGAGCUUGUCAGGAAAGUCUGCCUAAAGCUGCUUUGCAAAUCCAUGUGUAGGUACCUAAAAAUCUGUCUAUGGGAAAUGGGAAACAGCUGCCAUUUCUUCCUUCUUUAAAAAGUGUCCUCUGUUCUGAUGCUGUAGUUGAAAAAAUAAACUUGGCCAAUGGAAGAAUUUGAGGGCUAGUUGACCACAUAAAUCUUGACAUUGGAUAUGACAGCGUUUACCUUAAAGCAGCAUCUCUCUUUUCUCUGUUUUCAUUCAUGCUUUGCCUGAAAUGGCAUUUGCUCUUUACAGAAUAUUGUAGAGAAAUUCAGUUCUGCAAAGCAUGAUCAGGAAUUAUUGUACAGUAACAACAUAAGCCCAGUUAUUUGUAUUUAAUUGCAUAUGAAGCUUCUUUCUUAUUUUUAUAACACUGCCAGAGUUUUGAAAACCUGCUUGUGAAAGCAAUAUACUGUAUUUAUGCUAUGCUUCCUCAGUCCUGAAAACUGUCAUAUCCAUCCAUUAUGUUAUAUGUUAAACCACCUGAAGCCAUCUGUUAAUGCAAUAUUGUUAAUGAACAUUGAGAGACUUUGGACAAGUUCAUGGUUGCUUUUCUUCUUAAUGUUGCACAUGUAUCAUCAACACUGGUCAGAGAAAUGCAGUUUUGAGCUUAUCAGCUCUUAGAAGCUCUGCAAGACAUGAACUGACAACACCAAAAAUAAAUGGUUACAUUUGAGCAUCAAGUGCCUCUGCAGAGAGGCAUCAGCUUCAUCCUUUUUCUGUGUUUUCAAGAGUAGAGUGACUCACAUAUUCUCAGGAAAACCAAUUUUCCUUUAGGUAAAUUCAAAUUAAUUUUAACAAGCCUGUGGGAGCCUCAGAUAACUUUUCUUGACGCUGACUGUCUCCACUGAGGGCCCAAAAGGGGCUCAGUGCAUGGCAAACCUCACCACAGCAUCUGCAUCCUUCCUGCCUUUUGAAGAAGCCACGUUUUAUGGUUUCUUUUGCUUCGUGGCUCUUCAUUCCACACCCAUGAAAGUGAAAGCCUGGGAAGACAAAGCCCCUGGAUUGUGUUUGAAACAGUUUGCAGGUGCAGAGACAGCUGGAGCACAAAGGCCUCAACAGGCAAAAAGAGGAGGAAGGCAGAAAAUGAAGGAUUGCUGUCUUCCCAAUUAGCUUUAUGCCAUCAUUAACUCACUGCCCUCCAUUAACUCCAUAUCUCCUGGGAGGAUGAAUUUUCAAGGGAAGAGCAAGGCAUCUAUGGAGCCAUAAAAAAGAGAUGAAGGAGGAAGUGAUCUGGUUUCACAGGACUGCACCACGUAAACUUGUGCACCAGGAGCUGAGGUCAUAAAGCUCUGAUUCCACUGUGAGGCUGCAAAAGAAAUUUUGCAAUGUUUACCUAUGUCUUGGUCAAUAUUUUCUUUGAGGUUUAACUCCAUUAGAACAUUAACAUUUAAAUGGUCAAUGUUAUCCCUGCUCUGUUACACAAAGAGGGUGCUGGCAUUGAUUCAGGCCCACAAAGGGACCCCAGAUCUGUGCCAAUGUAAGAAGGGUUCUGAACCUGCAGAGAGAAGUGAGAAGAGUCCAUCAUGUAUAUCAGUGCUUUUAUUUACAGAUUUAUUCAGAAAAAAAAUGUUUCAGGAACUCAUAUUAUCAUUUCUCAUGACCUCAUGAUUGUUCCCUUUAAAACCCACUGUCGGCUACAGACAACAGAAACAUUAAAGUCAUCUUUUCUCUGGAAAUCUCCAUAAAAACAUCCUGCAUUGUUCCCAGGACUUCAGAACAGUAACUUUAUGAGUCUUUGUUAGAAAAGGCAAACUGACAAAAAAGUGUAUACAAUUUGGAGAACAGUGUCUAAACAAAACCAAAAAAAAAGAUGGUGCUCAUUCUGAAGUUGAAAAUUUAUCUCAUGUGUUACUGAAAACAAUAUAAAACGCUAGUAACUCAUAAAAGGGGAUAAAAUAAGUAUUUCUUUUAGCAAUAGAAAUGUUACUAAUGUAUGUCAGUAAUAUAAUAUAUUACUAAUAUGUGAAAGGGGAUAAAAUAUUUAUUUCAGCAAAAGAAAUGCUAAAAUGUUAAAAAUGUUGAAGGUUUUGAAGGAUUGUACUGUAAUGCUAUUAAUUUAAGAAGUUCCACCUCUUCUGUGCUUUUACACUAGUUCUGGACUUGAGCCAUCAAUAUGAUUAUUUACUGUACUUAACAUCAACUUUAUAGCAGUGAUGUGAGUAUGAAGUUACAAGUACCCUGUGCCUGAUCUUUCUCAUCUGGUUUUAUUUCCAUAUACAUAAAAUCAAAUAAAUAAAGAUCCUCUCUGUA